GCGCUACACGCAAUGACUGCAUCUCAAAGAUUACGAUCGCAGCUUCCGCUGCUUGUUUUGUUUUUGUAUGGUAUGAUUUUGGGCACCCAUGGCUACAAGGUGCCUGCUGUCACAGUGGAGCCAUUGGCCAAUGGAUUUCGUGUGUCUAUUCCAGACGAAAGCGGUGUCCAGCGCGUCGCAUUCAAUGUGAACCGCAAUCGAAAUUUCACGGGAUUUGUGGGCGAAUAUAGUGCCCAAGUGCGUGAGCCACAGGAUGGACGCUGGCAAUAUGAUUUUGUGAAACCAGCACUGAGAGCACAGGAUACACUCUAUGUUUGGACAAAUGUGCAGCAUGACAGCGUCAUGUAUCGGGAUCAAGGACAGCCGCAGCACGUUUGUGAUUUGGCUGGAAAUCAUUUGCCUGAGGAUUGCCCAAACAUGGCAAAUUCAAUAACAGAGAAUCCCAAUCCAGUGUAUUACAGGGGAACCACGGCCGUGCCUUUGUCUUGUGAGGAGCGCAGCGAGACGAUGCUGUCACCCCAGCCAGCCACGCCCCUUUGCAAGGGUCAAUUGAUAUUUGAAGAGAACUUUGAUCAGCUGAAUGAGAGUCGUUGGCAGCACGAAGUCCGAGCACCACUUGACACCACAGACGUCGAGUUUGUGCUAUACGAUGGCAAGGCACGAGUACGUGAUGGAAACCUAAUCAUUGAGCCACAGCUAUGGUCUAGCUAUCGACCAGAUCUGGAUAUGACCCGAUCUCGACUCGACUUGACCGAACGAUGCACAGCCACCCACAACAGACAACAGGAGUGUGUGCUGCGCACGAGUGGACAAGCUAUAAUGCCACCGGUGGUGUUGCCACGACUAAACACUAAAAAUUCUUUUCAAUUUCAAUAUGGACGCAUCGAGAUACGUGCUAAACUGCCCAAGGGGGAUUGGCUUGUACCACUCUUACUGCUGGAACCCUACUUGGAACAUUAUGGUCAAACUGGCUAUGAAUCAGGUCAACUGCGAGUGGCCAUGGCCCGAGGCAACGAUGAACUGCGGACGAAGGAGGGGAAAUUUGUUGAUGGCCGUACUUUGUUAGCUGGAGCUGUACUGUCCAUCGAGGCGUCUAAGCGUGAGAAUUUCUUGGUAACACUGCGACGAGGCGACCAUUUUGGCAAUGACUUUCAUGUUUAUGGUCUGGAAUGGAGCAGUCAGAGUCUGCGAUUUACCGUUGAUGGCAAGGAUUAUGGUGAUCUAAUGAGUUUUGUGGAUUCCAACUUGAAUCCAUUCUGGCGUACUGGCGGAAAAAUAGCACCUUUCGAUCGCAUGUUUUACAUUACGCUGGGCCUGUCGGUUGGCGGCUUUGGAGAUUUUGAGGAUAAUCUGCGAACUGCCACCUAUAAUAAGCCAUGGUCUAAUAAGGAUCCCCAGGCAAAGUUGCGUUUCUGGCAAAGCCAGAAUGAUUGGCUACCGUCUUGGAAGCAACCCAAGUUGCUAGUCGACUAUGUGCGAGUUUAUGCUAUUUAGCGAAACAAAACAAUAAUAAUAUGACUGCAUCCACAAUAUUAAUAGUUUAUUUAAGUAGCAUGAUAUAACUGUGGUUAAUAAAGAUCACACUUCGAUUGAAA